UUUCUUGUUGAUCCGAGCCACCUGGCUGUAAUAGUUGUCACUACAAAGUUGGACUCAUAAUUUCCAUGGACCAUGGCCCCAAGGACUUCUCUAUAAAAUCCAACAGUCAACAGAACAAGUUUGUAAAUCAAAGAAAAGAAUAGACAGUCAUUGUGUUUCUUAUAUAUAAGCCAAUACUGAUAUCCAAUUCUAUAUUCCUGCAUAGAUAGUUAGAUAUACCUCUCCUACUUUGCAUAUCUAUCUAAUAUAGAAAGAUGGGUGCUUGUUUUUCUUGCAUAUCUUCACAACCAUUCAAGAGCAUAAGAGUUGUUCACUUUAAUGGUUAUGUGGAGGACUUUGAACAUCCUGUUUCUGUUAAUGAAGUCACAGCCAAGUCCCCAAAGCACUUUGUCUGCACCCCAGCUCAGCUUCUAUCCAAUGGCUCCAAACCACUAAAGCCUGAUACUCAACUUGAACUAGGCAAAAUCUAUUUCUUGCUACCAUUCUCAACAUUACAAGCUGAUGUUUCUCCUAUGGACUUGGCCUCUAUAGUGAGGAAGCUAACCACAGUAGCAAAAACUAGUCCUUUGUGGAGCCAACAACAUGGUUCAAACCCAGCUACAAGUCCUAACCGGUUUAUGGAGACCGAAAAGCCUGUGGUGGCAUAUGGUGCACCAAGGUCUGCCAGAGCACGAUCGUGGAGGCCUAUUUUGGACACCAUUAGAGAGAGGUCAUUCAAUCGUAGAAGCGAAUCAGAUUUGCAAGAAAUGCAUUCUGAGACAGUGAAAUAGCUUGAAUUUGACGUAGGUUGGGCUCUUGUACAAAAAACAAAAAUAUUAAGAUAAAAAGAAUAGAAUCACUAAGAACAUCAUCUUGUGUUAGUAUGUAUGUGAUUUAGCUGGAUAAGAAAUGAAAUAGCUAGCAUUUGAGGUAGGUUGUGCUCUAUUCUAUUCCCAUGUAAUGGAAUAUUUUUGGGAAAUCUUCAAUUUCAUUUUUUUGAGUGCUUAACUCAUAUUUGACA